AUGAGACGAUACAAUAAUUACGGCAGAGCGGGUUGGGGCCAACCGCGGCGUGGCCAUCCGCAGAAUCGCCGUGAUACAGGGGGGUUUGAUCAUCCGCCGUUUGGGGAUUUGGGGGGUGAGUCUAACCCGGGAGACGAGGGCCAGCCGGGCGACCAGGUUAACGCGAAACUGGACCGCUUGUUGGAUCGUUUCGACAGAUUGGACGUGUGGAGAGAGGAGACGGAUCGGAGGUUCGAAACGUGGGAACCGAUCCUCACCCGAGAGGCGGAACCCCAAUCGCGGACCGAGGAUUGGGAGGAGGACGAACCGAUGGAUGUGCGGGGGAAGAGACCGUGGGAGGGGGCGCCCAGGCCUCGCAAUCCUGCAGGAGGUCGACAGGGGGGUUAUGGUCGCCAGCCCGACGCUUGGGACCAAUUAGGGUUCGGCGCGCAUCGCAACAGAACCCACGGUUAUAAUCAGGUUUUUGACCGUCCAGCAUCGUGUUGGGAUCCUCCUCAGCGUUUUACCGCGAGGGAGGCACCAUUCGACAAAUCAGAGAAGGUCAAGAUGACGGCUCUGCGCUUCGAUGGGUCGGACGCAUCAAAUUGGGUAUCGAGAGUCCAGUAUUAUUUUGAUCACCUUAUGAUGCCAGACGCCCAACGCUUACAUUAUGAAGUGAUGUUGUUUGAUCCUCCGGCGUCGGAGUGGAUUUUUAAUUAUUGCGCGAAUAACGAUUUCGUCACGUGGCGGGAGUUCUUGGAGGACGUAAGACACCGUUUCGACAGACAGAGUUUUCAGGACUACUUCGGCUUAUUGGCAAAGCUAACUCAGACGGGGUCGGUGCUCGAAUAUCAUGACACGUUCGAGAAGUAUUUAAAUCGGGUUCAAGGGAUUCCGGAGACUAAGUUGUUCACGCUGUUCGUGGCAGGCUUAAAACCCGAUAUGCAGGAGCGGGUCCGCCUACAUCGCCCGUCGUCGCUGGCCGCAGCGAUGGCGUUAACCCUGGAACUCGCGGACUCCCAAGUUCCACAGCAGCCGUCUCGCCGGCCUUGGCAACCACGGGACAACCGGGUUCCGACAGGACCGCCAGCCGCCACACAAGUAGGCCACAAUGCCGUCGGGCCACCCCAACAACCUAUCCCAGGGCGUGCGGCCAACCCUCCUCGCAUUCGCGUGUCCCAAGCGGAGAGAGCCGAGCGCGCACGGUUGGGGUUGUGUUAUUUCUGCCCCGAGAAGUGGGUCAUUGGCCACGUGUGUAAGCAGCGACUCCUCUGCUACGCCGAUGAGACGGAAGAGGACGACGUCAUCGACUUAGAGCAGCCCCCAGCAGACGAAUGCCCCGACGCAGAGGUGGCGCACAUCCAUGCGAUGUAUGAGGGACGACGAUCCCGACCGCUGAAAGUUAUAGGGACGAUACAGGAUCGGGAGGUAUCUAUCUUGAUUGAUACAGGGAGUGAUCGGGAUUUCAUGCACCCACAAAUCGCCGAGAGCCUGCACUUACCUCUAUCGCCCAUCCGUCCUUUUAGGGUCAUUGUGGGGAAUGGCGAGGCAUUACUUUGCUCGCAUAUCUCCAAGCAGACAAAGUUGGACGUACAGGGGACAUCAUUUGUGGUGGAUUUGCAUAUUCUACCGGUACAUGGGCCGGACGUGAUUCUUGGGAUGGACUGGCUCGAAUCCUUAGGCCCCAUCACAGCGGAUUUCGCGGACAAAAAGCUAACGUUCGCUCAAGGAGACCGGCGAGUGGUGUUGAAGGGGAUUUUGCCGGCUCCGCGUCGCGUGACCCUGCAUAUGUUGUCAUCGCUGGUUCCUUCCCGAGACGUCCUCGACGUGUUCGAACUAUUGUUGUUGGACCAGGACACCGGCCAAUCGGAGCAGGCCGCAGGGGAAGACUUUCCGGGGGACCUACCGCCGGAAAUUUUGGAAGUACUGACGCGUUUCCGACCGAUCUUUAGCUUGCCGGUGGGAAUGCCGCCCAAACGGGCGUUCGAUCAUCGAGUCCAUUUACUACCGGGCACAAAACCAGUAAAUGUGAGACCCUAUCGCUAUCCGUAUUUUCAGAAGAACGAGAUCGAACGGCAGGUCCGGGACAUGCUUGAUCAAGGCAUCAUUCAACGAAGCAGUAGUCCAUUCUCAUCGCCCGUGCUCCUGAUCAGGAAGAAGGACGGGACGUUUCGCUUUUGCAUCGAUUAUCGUGCUCUGAAUGGCGCGACGGUCCCGGAUCACUUUCCGAUUCCUACGGCGGACGAACUCUUUGAUGAGCUAGGCAAGGCGCGGAUUUUCACUAAGUUGGACCUCCGUUCGGGGUACCAUCAGAUACGAAUGCAUGACAAGGACAUCUUUAAAACAGCCUUCCGCACACAUGAUGGGCACUUUGAGUUUUUGGUUAUGCCGUUUGGCCUCACAAACGCUCCGUCAACGUUUCAGGCCGCAAUGAACGCCAUUUUCCAACCGAUGCUCCGGAAAUUCGUCAUAGUAUUCUUCGACGACAUUCUGGUCUAUAGCCCGUCGAUGGAGUCGCACGGAGAGCACCUUGCCGCGGUACUGGAGGUCUUGCAGAAGAACAGUUUCUUCGUGAAGUUAUCAAAAUGCUCAUUCUGUAGCUCCACGGUGGAAUAUUUGGGCCACUUAAUCGACGAAGGCUUGGUAAAGGCCGACCCUAGUAAAAUCGCAGCAAUGACAUCAUGGCCGAAACCAAGGUCUGUUAAGCAGCUUCGGGGAUUCUUGGGUUUGACAGGUUACUAUCGUCGUUUUAUUGCCGGCUACGCGAUGAUAGCAGCUCCACUGACCGAACUGCUCAAAAAGGACUCUUUCAAAUGGUCCUCAGACGCGGAGGCUAGCUUUGAUGACUUGAAAGGCGCAAUGACCACAGCCCCUUCGCUUACCGGAUUUUGA